UUGAGUGUUCUGAUGAUGAUUCUAAAUCCAUGGUUCGUACAUAUGUGAGGAGAAAGAAGGCGAAAAGGUUGGUUGGAGAUGUGGAGAAGAAUCCAAAUGGAGAAGCUCCUCCUGAUCAGAAAGUGGUGGUUUUUCUUUUUUUGUAAACUUAUUUUGAAUCUUUCUUUAGUUUUGAGGGUACAUGCCAUCUGUUAUGUUAGUGAGAAAUUUGAGAGUGGAGAUUAGAAAGGAACUUUGCAAAAAGCGUCUUUUUAUUUUAAUUUUUUUGGUUUGUUCUGGUUUAAGAAGACCUCCCUAGUUAUUAAUUUGUGCACAUGGAGGGGAGUAGAAAUGAGACAGUUCUUUUGGUAGAUCCCAAUAUUUACUUUCUCAUGAGAGUGCAAAUGUAUAAUACUUUAUGAUUUGUUUAAGUGCAUAUAAGAAGAUUUAGGAGCUCUAACAAUGGGUUUCAUGUUAAAAUUUACAGGUAUAACGUUAUUUCCAUAUGGACAAACUGGGAGUUGUUGUUCCUUUAGUUUGACUUGUUUCAGUUGGAGUUGGACAGAUGCUCUUUCAUGCAGGGACGGAACCAAGGGGGGGCUAGCAGGGGCUUCAGCCCCCCCCCACGACACCGGUGGUCUUCUUUGUUUGGCCGGAAGACCCAUAACCAGCCCCCCCUGGCCGGCCAGGCCAGUCCAGCCAACAGUAGACCGGCACGACAGCCCCUCCUCAGAAGCCUCCUCGUUAACCUCAUCCUCUUCAGUCUUCCUCACUCUUGAUGUACAAGCUCCGAUCUGACACUGAGUUCUUCAUCAUUCCCGGAGGGAGGAAUGGAGAGAAGCGAGAAUGUGUUUUAUGAAGAGGUUGCAAAUUUACCUGAUAUUGAGGAGUUUGCUUAUGGUAAGGUCGAGGGAUCUAAAACCUCAACAGAACUUGUCCUCAAAAAAACUUCUAACACAGUGGAACCACCAGCACAUUGGGAGGAAGUCCUUGAAGGAAUUAGGAAAAUGAGAUCUUCUGAAGAUGCUCCGGUCGACUCUAUGGGGUGUGAGAAGGCCGGCAGUCUCCUACCACCUAAGGAAAGAAGAUUUGCUGUUCUGGUAUCUUCCCUUCUAUCAAGCCAAACAAAGGAUCAUGUAACUCAUGGUGCCGUGCAGCGCCUUUCUGAGAAAGGUUUAUUAGAUGCUGAUGCUAUCAUCAAGACUGAUGAAGCAAGCCUUGCUAGUUUGAUUUAUCCGGUUGGAUUUUACACAAGGAAGUCGCAGUACAUGAAGAAAAUUGCUAAUAUUUGCCUGGAAAAGUACGGCGGAGAUAUUCCACGGUCUUUAGAUGGCUUGCUUUCUCUUCCAGGAAUGGGUCCCAAAAUGGCCCAUCUGGUGAUGAAUGUUGCAUGGGAUGAUGUUCAAGGUAUAUGUGUUGACACUCAUGUCCACCGCAUCUCUAAUCGCCUUGGCUGGGUUUCAAAACCAGGCACAGGAAAGAAAACAUCAUCUCCAGAGCAAACAAGAAUAUCUUUGGAGAAAUGGCUACCAAAGGAUGAAUGGGUUCCAAUUAAUCCUCUUCUGGUUGGAUUUGGACAGACAGUGUGCACUCCGGUGAGACCUCGCUGCGGGGUCUGCAGCAUAAAUGAGCUCUGCCCCUCAGCUUUCAAAGAAGCAUCUAGCCCAGGUUCGAGAGCGAAGAAAUCCGGUGCUCGAAUUAAAAAACAAUGACUCAAUGUUGAUAGACGUGCUUUCUUACUCUGUUUUUGCUUUUGGCUUUCAAUAGCUUCCUUUAUUAAUGUUGCAGCCCUCAAGGAUGCUGCUUGCUGUAAAUUGUCUGAUUAUCUGAUAAUACUUGGUUGAAUGAUGCACAAAUCAAUCUAAUCUUAGCUGCUAUUUUUGU